CGGAGGAGUCGGUUUGCUUUGUGUUGGCGUCAAGAGUCGACCGCAAGUCGAGUGCCACCACACGCGGGAAUUAACGCUCUCCGUGGUCAACGAGCCACCCUUCCGGCCGGCAGGUGCGCCAAUCUCAACAGCGUACAUGAAGAUCAUGUGCGCAUCUCAAGGGGAUUGUAAUCCCGGGGGACGAGGAUUCUGCACUGUAAUGCACCUCUUCGGCGGAAGAGGGUUUUUGUCUGUUGCAUCCCAACGUAGACUCUACAUAUCAUGAUUUGGCAUUUGAAGUACGAGAAUGAUGGAAAACAACAAGAUUCCGGCAGGGCAGGCGAAGAAUUUUACUUGCUUUCUUGAAUUAAGAUCAUUGUAUGAUGUGUUGUGGGUACCAAACUGUUUGAUGUUAGUGGUUGAGGAAGAGUGUUGAAAAGGAGCCAUGGAACUGGUUAGGUCAGUGUGAAAGGUUCAGCAUAAGGGAAUCUCUCACCAAGAAGGCGUGAACGCACCAUUCCUAUGAUAUCUUCGACUAAAUUCUUUGCAGAAGUGAUCCUAUCCUCUUACCUGGAAGUGUGAACACACCAUUCCUAUGGUAUCUUCCAUUAAAUUCCCUCUCUCUCUCUCUCUCUCUAGGGUAUCUUUCACUGAGUUCAGUUUGGAAAGGUGUCCUUAUGGCAUGAUUCUUUCACUUUUAAGUGUUUGAUCCUUUCCAGCUUUCUUUUGCUGCCCACUGGAUUGGAUAUAUUGUGGCUUGCUAAUUCUAGGAUCAUAUCCAACUUCCAGGAUUAUAGAAGUUAGGUCAAUGCUAGACAUGGAUUGGACUUAUAAUAUUCAUGCCCCACCUUCAAUUGACUGCUAUUCCUAACUCAUGUGUCAAUUACAAGGCUGCACAUUGAGUGCAAAAAAUUGAUCUAUGGGUACUGCUGACUGGACAAUCUCAAGCCAUUCUGUAUUUCUUUAUUUCUUUUUCUUAAGAAAAGAUAUUAGGUGAGGUAUCAACCUCUGUAUCUAGUCUGCCCAUCGUUUAGGAUGGAUAUUUUAGAAUGUAAACUAUAAAUUCUUGAUGAGUUCUUAUAGCUAAUUUUUCAAAAAACUAUCAGAUUACAUCAGUCCAUUUAUCAGUACGGUUGAAGAUCAUUAAGAAUGGUUUUUUUCUACCUUAAGAUGGUUAUCAUUAGCAGAUUAUGGUAGAUCACAGCAACCAUCAUGUAGAUGUCAGAGAAGUCUAAGCCAAGAAUUAGUGUACUUGUUUUGUUCUAAACCAAAAGUUAUUAUACAGAUGGUUGGCAAUAUUUAGGUUACUAGAUGAGAUGUAUGAUCGCAUGAGAGAUUCAAUUUGACAGAAACUAUUCCUGCUCCUGAAGUAGCAGUAACGUAAGUUAAGGGAGCAAAACAUGACUCUUUUAAUGAUCUAACUAAGUGUGAGACAGCAAGGUCAUCAUGUUGUGUCCUCAAAAAGAGAAAAAAAAGUUUAUCAUCUUCGGAAAUAGGUGUUGUGCAUGACUUAACAGAGAAAAGACUUAUGACAGGAAAGGGAAAUGAUAGUAACUUGUUCUUUGUUUUAUCAUCGAGGACAAAAAUGCAAAUCUGAUUUCUUAAGUAAUUGAUGAAUCGAAUAAUGAAACAAGUAGGUUGUACAAUUCUCUACAAGAAAAUAAGAGAUAAAUCUUUAAAUAUCAGUAUUAAACUUAAAAGUUUAGGUCUAAGAAAAAUCAGUCUUGUAAUUGAAGACUUCAUUGAAGUCAGGAUAGGAUAAACUCAUAAGGCAGACUAAAAAGAGAGGCCAAAAAGAAGUGUGAAAAGGGCAUCUGUGGGAAUCUCGGCAUGACCAACAAGAACACAGUAAGUUAUUUAAUAUAAUAUAAUUUUCUCUAGUUUUACGUAGAUGUUAAUGUCACAGCUAUGUAGCACAGUUUUCCUAAUAUUAAAACUUAUAACUAUGUGCAAGACUUGUUGAAAUUUUAUCUCGGUAAGUUAGGUGCUGUCCCAGUCUUUAGUUACUUUCCAACUCCACGUUUGAAAUUGGGAGUUUCAUUCUUAUUUGGAAUUGCUUGUCAACCAUUCUGUCUGCUUCUGUAUCAUUAUUUGAGUUGCAUUGUUGUUUGCCAAAGUGAAGAAGGAUAAACAAUCAUCGAUACUUAUAAAAUAUAGCUAUCAGUAGAGAGAUUCCAAACUGUGGGCGGUAUGAACCAUUCAUUGAACCAUAUCAACUGCUAGUCAAUAGGGCUUCCGAUAUUGUUCAAAGGCUUUACUGGUUGUAAAGCAACUCAAAAACAGUGGCUGCUAAAAUUUUUCUGUCGGAUCUUCAAGAAACUAUAAUAAAAUUUCUGCACCUAUUAUGAUCUUUAGUCUGAUAACAAUGAUCUAUGCAGCAAUUGCUUUGUGCUUUGUACAGCUUUUCUAACAAAAGAAACGAGCCAAAUAGAUCUAGCAUAUAACUUACAGCUAAAAACUCACAUAAGAAUGUUGGAGAUGAGAUGAUUCUAUGAUCCAAAAUUCCAAGUAGAUCUUAGUCUAGUAGUUGACCCUGAAUAUACAAAUUGGUUUUUCUAUACUCUUAUACUGCAAGUGAUGAUUUCCUCUUGUACCAUUUUCAUCAGCAGAAGUAGGUCUUCCUAUUGAAAGUGAAAGGAUGCUGCUUCUUGAUUGAUUAGCCAACUUGUACUGAGUGAUUUUUAUCAAACAAAAUAGUUGAGACUGACAUUUAUUUGGCUUGGAUUUUCGACACAAGAACAAAAGUCUUGUCCUAAAUUCAAUGUCAUUCUCCUAUCUUUACAUUAGAACUGCCAUCUUCCAAACAGCCUUUUCCAGAGCAAGUUGUGCAGCACUUGAUUGGGGUUAGGGGGAAAAUGCUUGGCCUCAAACACAUUGACCACAAAUAAUUUAGAUAAGAAUCCUUUAGUCAACAUAAUUGGCUUACAGUAGCAAGGAAGGUACUAUCUACCUGAACUUGUAAAGAGUCAUUUUAAGCCUCUGUUUCUGUACAUGCCCUUCUCCGUCUGAAUUCCAAGUUUUGAGGUCACUAAGGUUCCAUAUGGAGAUACAUAUUAGUGAUAAAUCAUGAUAUGAUUUAUAACAUUAGCAAUCAACAAAAAUUAAGCAUUCUUCAAGUUAUAAAAUAUUGAUAAAAGGAAAUGACAUAUUGUUUAAAGAACUAUGCUAUGACAAAAUAGAGGCUAACUUACUGUGCUAUCAUCAUAGCAACAUUUGCUAUGGUACUAUUGCUUCUCGCUUAUGGGAGAUUUGGCUAGUUUACAAUUAUUUCAAGAAAGAAUCUGUUUUAAUCUUGAACCAAGCCUUACACAAGCCUAUGAUUCAAGCUGAAAAUUAUAUAUGAAGCUCGACGAACCUCAAUUCAAGAUGAGAUUAUACUUGCAUGCACUUUUUUUGUAAUUUUAUAUCUUUAUGAAUUACCAUAGGUUUUACCUUAACAAAAUUUGAUUCCAUAUGAACCUUAACUUGGUUCAUAUGGAAUCAAAUUGAAAUCUGAGUCAACACCUUCUUUAAAAGGUUUUGCAGUGUGUAAAUACUGAUUUUAGCUGCAGUAUAGCUAGAUUUAAAGAUUCAAACAUGCUCUUUUUUUCUCUUCUUGCCUCUUCAUUUUUUUUUAUCGUUCUUAGUGCAAAGUAUCUCCAAUUUUCUAUAGGAGUUUGAAUUUGAGUUUAUGCACCCUUCCGUCUCCUGUGGCACAUGGUUUCCAUUUCGGUAUUCCGGAAUAGCAUGUGGGUGACAAACUCAUGCUCCAUAUACUACAAGUUUUAAAGCCUCCAUAUAUCACACAAUCUAUUGAGUUGUGCACAAGGAAAGCUGUUCACAGCCUCAAAAAGUAGUUCACAAGUCAGUCUGUCACCAACAUUUAUCGAGUUUUAAAGGCCUCCAUAAAUCACACGAUCCAUAGAGUUCUUCAGAAGGAAACCCUGUUAGUUCACAGCCUCAAAUUCACCUGAGAUGUCACUCCAAAGAGUAGUUCAUAAUUCAAUCUGUCACUAACAUGUAACCCACACUGCCGUCUGUUUCAGGUUCAUGGUCCCUGUUCUUAGACAAAGCACCAUGCCAAAUGUACUCAUACAUUGGAUGAGGACAACGUCCCUUCAUUCAACACUCAACAUGGCCAGUUUCAUGUAAACAUCCAGACAUUAAAAAUAAACCUAAUACUCGCACAAGAAUCUCUUUAGGUUUUCUUAUGAUCUUCCCAUUUACCGUCAUUCACAUGCUGACCCGGACUGGUCCAUGUAUGAAUGGCAAUGUUAUCCAAUUUGUCACUCCGGUUUCUUUUUUCUUCUUGAGCUCAGUACCAGGUGAGAUGACCUUUCUGAUCCAAAAGAGAGAUAGAGAGAGAGAGAGAAGCAUAUUGCAAGAUUAUGCUCCAGAUAAAAAAAAUCAGCUAGUUAUCUUUUUGCUUGAAUAGGCCCAAAUGCAUUAGCUAAGUUUCCUUGUGGAUUGGGCAUCUGCUUCAAAAGUUCUCUUUAUUCUUCUGGAUAUUAACAAGUUUUCUUCAGAUGUGACAUGAGGGAUUUGAGUCGUAGUGCACUGAUCACGGACUCAAAGUUACAUUCUCAAUUCAUUCACGGAGUAAUCUGAAGCUGAAAAACUAGAAGUUACGUAUUGCAAGGUAUGUGAUCAUCCUCAACAAAAGUCACAACAUGCGGCGCUCAUCAUAGACAUUUUGUUCUCUUGCAGGCAGAUAAUUGGAUGAUGCUGUGAGUCCCAUGGGCUCUUCGUCUGUUGUGACCGUCCUCAGCUUGUCUUGUCAGUAUGACAGCUCCUGUUCUGCUAGCUUUUUCAGAACAUGGGCGGGCCAUCCCCACGACGAGCUUCUUAAUUGACCUUCACCAGCAAUCAUUAUUAUUGGAUAGCUUUGUCUCGUGGGGAAGAGAUCAUAUACUCAUUGUUUACAUCUCAAGAAAAAGAUGCCAAUUGUUCGAUUCCUUGAUGAACAAGACUGUUUCAUGCAUGCAUGUCAAACUUUUUCUCCUUUUGCCAGUGCCACAGAGGAAAUGAUGGAGUCAUCGACACUGAAGGUAGUCUUACAAAGACCAUAAUGUAGCUGCUCCUCCGGUUCAUGAUUUUGAGGAACAGAAGCAAUUAUAUUUAGGAUGAACACAAUGGGGGCAAAAUGCCAUCUUUUUCGAUGUGCGAUGGCGCCAAAUAAGCUAUGCCUGAUGGGACGAUCCACCGCGCAGACACAAUUCCCGGACGUUGCCGCUCCGGCGAGCCGCUCUCCCAAGACCAUAACGCUGCGUCCCUCCUCCGAUUCCCUGCCCGGACGAGCUCGCUACCUCCGCCGUCAAAUCAAGAAGCCUCCUUUCUCAGGUGGGAGGCGGAGCUUCCCCGUCACUCCCCACUUGAGUUGGAAGCUGGACGAUGCGGAACGGUUGAUGCGGAAGCCUGAGCAGGUCGGUCCGAGCGGAGAAGGUCGACGGGAUGACAAGAGUGCCGCAGGAAGGCUGUUGACUGGAUUAUCGGCGAGGAAGCUCGCGGCGGCGUUGUGGCAUUUUCAGGCGGCAGAGGUUAGUGGUGGCGGGCGGGAACGCCGGAGAGCUCGGCUAGGGUUGGAGCCUAAUCCAAGGAAUCUUUGCCUUCCAAAUGUCUGUCAUCAUGAUAGAACUGGCCUCCUCGGUAGCAUCAGUAAUGAGCUUGUUAGUUCUAUCUCAUCCGACCCGAAAGCUACUUCACGGAAGCUCGAAGCAUCUGUUUCAUAUCUCGAUUUGGCAAUGGAGAAAGCAACAAAAUGGGAGGCUGGGUGCUUAAGGUUUUCGGAUAAGGUUUAUCACGAUGAUGGUCACCUAAAGCUUCCCAAGGAUUGGCUGACGACUACUUCCAUCAUUUCUAUUCUUCAGGCAGAGCUCAAGCAGGCUCGUCACCGCAUUAAUGAGCUUGAAAAUGAGAGACGAUCUGCCAAGGAAAAGCUGAAUCACUUCUUGAGGAAGCUUGCGGUUGAGAAGGCUUCAUGGCAGAAUAGAGAGAGUAGAGAGCAUGAGAAAGUUCUGAACAUUAUUGAAGUCAUCAAGGAUGACCUCAGUAGAGAGAGGAAAGUUCGGAAGAGAGUGGAGAUCAUGAAUUCCAAGCUUGUACAUGAGCUUGCUGAGGCCAAGUUAUUAGCAAAGCAGUCCUUGCAAGACUAUGAGAAGGAGAAGAAGGAACGUGAGCUCAUUGAGGAGGUAUGCAAUCAGUUUGCAAAGGAGAUCGGGCAUGACAAAGCUGAAGCAGAAUCUUUGAAGAGAGAAUCUACAAAAAUCCAGGAAGAAUUGGAUGAAGAGAGAAGGAUGCUGCAGAUGGCAGAGGUUUGGCGUGAAGAAAGGGUACAGAUGAAACUGGUAGAUGCAAAACUCAUGCUCGAGGAAAAGUAUGCAGAGUUGAGCGAGCUUCAAGCAGAUCUGGAUGCAUUUCUCAGAGCACAUUCUGAUUCUAAUGGAAAUAUGUCAUUGCUGAAAGAAGCUGAGGCGUUUAGAGAGGCGGCCAGCUUACUGAAGUUCCAGGACAUUAAGUUCCAUUACCAGCCUCCUCCAUCUUCAGGGGAUAUCUUCUCUGUUUUUGAAGAACUCCAGCCAAGAGAAGAAACUAUUGAAAGAGAGAUUGACCCAUGCUGUGGUUACAGCCCUGCAAGUCAUGCCUCCAAAAUCCACACGGUGAGCCCUGAAACUGAUAUCUUUCUGGAAAAUCCAAUGAAGAUGAGAGAUGAGGAUCACAGCGACUUGGAGUCCAUGAGCUAUGCUGAGGGGCAGGGUUCUUGUAAUUCUCCAGAGGCCCAUGAAGAAAGCGUUGCAUCAGUUAGUGGAACUGAUUGUGAUAUGAAAAGAGAUAAUGACAGCUUAAACAGUGAAAUUAGUGAAGUUUGUUCAAGAACCACCAGGCAAUCCAGGAAGGUGUCUUCUAUAGGUAGAUUUUGGAGGUCAACUUGUACAAGCAAUGGCAACAAGAAGAAAUUUUCAGUAGGUUUAUCAAACGAGAACCUAUUGAGAGGUCGGAUGUUGAAUGCCACUCUAUCUCCUGACAUGAAUUCAGGUGAAGUUUGCCCAAGCUCACCGAGUGUGGGGCAACAGUGUUCCUCUAAUUCGAUAAACUCUCGUAUCAGUAGAGGAACAGAAGGUUGCAUCGAAUGAGCAAGGGAGGCAAAGAAUCACAGUUUGAAGGCUAAGCUUCUCGAGGCAAGAAUGGAGAACCGGAAGAUUCAGUUGUGCAACGUUAUGAAACAUAAUUCUUAGGAUGAACAUUGAUCUCCCAAUGGAGAUUGUACUCUCAAUCAAGCUGGUUGAAUUUUGUCUUUAUAGUAGUACUUGUAUCAUAUCUAAAACACGAGUACCAGAGUAUGUGUACGUAUUCCAUGGAAAGUCACUACCACAACUUAGAUUGCAGUUGAAUGAGAAUUCAUAUCUAAAACAUGAUGUAUAAAUAUUCCAUGGAAAGUCACUAUUUGCGGCUGAUCGAGAAUUUGGGUCACUCUGUUUUACAUUCUGCUGUUGAGAUUGGGAAUCUUAAGAAUCUAAAGAUAAUAAAGCAUGUUUUCCAAACAUUGUAGAUAUUUUGUCA